GCGCCCCGUGCGUGCUGUCAGCGUGAUGACGUGUUUCCGUUUAUUCUCCCUGUUUGGAGAGAUUCGUUUCCGGUUCAGAGGUCCUCAACGUGGCUGCUGAUGUUUUCCAGCGUGUUGAGUUGAUAUCAGAGAAACAGCCGUGACCAUGGCUGAGUUCAAGGUGCACCGGGUCCGCUUCUUCGACUACAUGCCCGCUGCUAUCCGGACUAUGGCGUUCAACAGCCGGACUGAGCGGCUGGCUGUGGUCCGGGCGGACGGAGCUCUGGAGGUCUUCAACUUCUCUGACAACUACUACCAAGAAAAGGUCAUCCCAGGACAGGACGGCAGUGCUGUCGAGGCUCUGUGUUGGGUGGGCCAGCGUCUGUUCAGUGCUGGUUUGAAUGGAGAGAUCACGGAGUAUGACCUGGAGAACCUGAGGCCCAAGUACACAGUGGAGGCCUAUGGAGGACCAAUCUGGACCAUCAGUGGCAACAGCCAGGGAACACUGCUAGCGGUCGGAUGUGAGGACGGGACAGUAAAGAUGUUUGAAAUACUGGAGGAGAGGAUUCAGUUUCAAAGAAACCUCGACAGGCAAAAAGGUCGUAUUAUAUCUCUCUCCUGGCAUCCCUCUGGUACACUGAUUGCUGCUGGCAUGAUGGACAUGAUCAGAAUCUUUGAUGCUGAGACGGGCCGUGCCACACACAGACUGCUGGUGGAGAGAGGCGUCGGAGCAUCCAAGAGCAAAGAGGUGGUGGUUUGGAGCGUCGCCUUCCUGUCUGACCACACCAUCAUUAGCGGUGACUCUGCAGGAAAGGUCCAGAUCUGGGACGGACUCACAGGAACUCUGGUCAGAACCCACCUGGUCACCAAGUGGGACGUUCUAGCUGUGUCUGUUACACAGGAUGAGAGCAGUCUGGUAGCUGGGACAUCAGAGGGCACGGUCAUCCAGUUUCAGUUCCUCUCCUCUACUGUUGACCGUCAGGAUAAGGAAUGGGUCCGGACUAGGACAUUUAAAAACCACUCGCAUGAUGUGAGGGCACUCGCCCACACCGAAACUGCCGUGGUCUCUGGAGGUAUGGACACCCAGCUGGUAGUGCGACCUCUGUUGGACAAGGUGGAGAAGAACACCCUGGAGUCAGCACUGCGCAAGAUAGCUUUCCCACAUAGAAGCAUGGUUUGUUGUGCAAAGAAAGCAGGACUGCUGCUCUUCCAGUUCCCCGAUCAUUUAGAGCUGUGGAGACUAGGGGAGAGCGAUGGACAUGGAAAGCCUGGUGACAGUCUACCUGUGAAGAGGAAACCAGAGAAACUGAUCCAGCUGAAGAGAAAGGGAGAGGAUCACAUCUGCUGCAGUGCUUUGUCUCCAUGUGGAGGCUGGCUGGCAUACUCUACCGUCACCAGUUUCCGUCUUUACAGAUUACAGAACAACAACAUCAGCAUCGCCAAGGUGUCCAAACUACCUAAGGAGCUUCGCUCGGCCCACCAGCUCUGCUUCUCCUCUGACUCCUCCAAACUCUUUGCUUCCUCCAGCCAUUCUUCAGUCACUGUUGUUGGCCUCAACCAGACAGAGUGCAAAUACCUUCAUACCCUCAAACCCAAGUCAGGCUCCAGACAGCCAGUCCACCUGCUGUUUGCCAGCGAGGAUGGCAAAUGGCUCGCCACAGCAAACACACACUGUGAGAUCCACGUCUACAACCUUGACAAGCUAAAGCUUCAUUGUACAGUUCCAGUGUACAGCUCAUGUCCCACUGCCAUAGCCAUCCACCCAACAACCAGCAACCUUGUUGUGGUCCAUGCUGACCAGCAGAUCUUUGAGUACUCUCUGGUGCAGAAGGAGUACACAGACUGGAGUCGGAAGCUGCAGAAACAAGGACUGCACUCUCUGUGGCUGGAGAGAGACACGCCCGUCACCCACGUCACCUUUAAUCCUAAAAAUCCAGCUCACAUCAUACUGCACGACACGUUCAUGUUCUGCAUCAUUGACCAGAGUCUGCCCCUCCCUGAAGCAAAGACUAUGCUCUACAAUCAGAUGACACUGAGGAGUCUUCCUGAGCCAGAUAGGAUCAAACACAGCCACGCCUUUAAGAUAUGCAAGAAUUUCCAGCACCUCCUGUGUGUGAGUCUCUUGGAUGACCAUUCUCUGGUCGUAGUGGAGCGCCCCCUGCUGGACAUCAUGUCUCAGCUGCCUCCACCUGUCCGGCAGAAGAAGUUUGCUACAUAAAGGAAGUGAAUGCGUCUCAGCCCAGAUGUUCAUGGAUCGUUACUCCUACAUCUAAAAUCAUUUUCAACUAGUGUUCAUGUGUCACCAUUUUGUAAAAAAAAUGCUUUGAUAAAGUAAUAAAUGGAACAAUUUACUGUUAUUGUUGUUUGACUGA